AUGGAGCCAGCCCACGGCCGCCUAUGCUGCUGCUGUGCGCAGGCAGGGCCUGGGCGCUGCCCCCUCCCCGCCGUCUGUGCUGCCCCUGGCCGCGGCGCCUCCGGCCCUCUCCUCUCCUCUGCGCUGGAUCCGCCCCUGGCGCUGCGGCCUUCUUCCUCUCCUCUGCUGCUGGCACUGGAUCCACCCAUGGUGCCGCGGUCCCUAGUGCUCCACCGGCCUGGCGCGACCCGGUCGCCGCCCUGGCCAUGGGCGCCGCCGCUGCCGCGGGGCCGCGAGCGCUGCUGCUCGUGCGCCGGCCCCCCUGCUCGCGUCGGCGUGAUCACGGGCGCGAUAGGCCCGGGCGCGGACGCUGCUGCUCUCGCGCUGCCUCCCCUGCUCGCGGGGUCAGCGGGCAUGGAUGCCCCUACAACUCCCGCGGUCGACGCAGGCCCAGCCGGCCUACAGCCUUCCCCUUCCUGUGCCGCGGCUGCCCCUGCCUGCGCCGCUGCGAGCUGCGAGCGCUAG